UGAUUAGCACUCGCUCGAUCAGUGGAGUCCGGAUCAUUGACGGCGCUUGAUCGUCGUUCUCGCGAAACCCAUCGAUCCCUCUCGUGGCGUGGCGAAACCGCUGAAGGCACAUUCGCGAUCUUUGAGAUCGGUGAUUGCAGAAGGAGGAGAAGAUCUCCAGAGAGAUUCAGCGAUAUUAAAAAGAAAUUAUCUGACUGAUUUUGAAAUUACAUAUACUCGAGCUGAAACUCGCACGUAAGAGGAAAAGAGAGAAGGAGACAGAGAGAGAGAGAGAGAGAGAUUACUCGUGAAAAUUGGAGCUCACCGCGAUUCAGAGGUUCCACUCUAAAAUUAAGCAAUUAGCUCGAGCGAGAAACUUUUUGAACUCGGCGAGAUUAUUCUGCGGAGAAGCGGGGACUAAUUAACGGCUCGCGAUAUGCCGCUGUUUAUUUGUGUGUGCCGCGCGAUAUAAAAAGCGCGUUUAUUUCGAAGCGGUCGCUGAAUAUCGAGACUGUAGCCGACACGAGCCGCGUCGCGGCUAUCGCUUGAUUUUGCGUCAAUCGAUUUUUCAUUAUUAUCACUGAUAUCACGCGGCUGACACAGUAGCCAGCAGUGAUGAAUCGCCCCGCCGACGGGACGGACAUUUGAGAUACGAAGAGCUCACGAGAUCUCGAGACGUCGGGAGGUCGAAAGUGCCGGGAACGUCUUCUACAAUCGACACGAGGACAAUCGGGACGAGGCGCGCCCCACCAAUCGCUCCGACAACGCUACAAAAGAGUUUAGAACUCUCGGUCUUUAUAACCGCCAGGUAGUUUCCGUGAAGUUGCUGUAAAGUGAAGAGUCGAGAAAGGACACGCCCCGAGGGUUCCCGGGCCGGUUUCGCCGUCCGUACAGUUACAAUCAAACACGAGACAGAGACAUCGAUCUGAAACUGUGAUAACGUGACUAACAUUUACGUAGCGCGAUUACGAAGCAAGGCCGCUACGUGCGAAGCACCCGCGGCAACUGUACAUUACGAGUUAGUAGCUUGCUCGACGGUAGUGAUUCUGGUAGUGAUCGUCAGGGACUCGAGCGACAAACAUGUUCCUCAAAGAGAUGUUCAUACUGGCCCAAGCGGCCAACAUCAUGGUCAACUUGAAUGACACCGCGAAUGUCACCACAACCGAGAACAUCAGCACCACGACCUUGUCACCGGAGGAGAAGGAGAACAAGUUCAGCGUGGAUGACGAAUGGUACAUGUGGCGAUGCUACGUGCCGUACGGCUGCUUUUACAUCGGUUCACCCUGGUCCGGGGACAAACGGCCGGUGUCCAUGUUCCCGGUUCGCCCGGACGUCAUCAACCCUCGUUACCUCCUCUACACGAGGGAGCUGGGCGAGCACUACCAUAAGCUGAAGAUCGAUCGCUUCAAGACGAUCCAGGAGGCGCCUCUGAAGAAGGACAAAAACUUGUACUUCAUCAUUCACGGAUUCCUCGAGAACGGCGAUAAGACCUCUUGGAUCUUGAGGAUGGUGAAGGAGCUGCUGAUACGGGAAGACUGCAACGUAGCGGUCGUUAAUUGGAUCCGCGGAGCCGAACCACCCUACACGCAGGCGGUGGCGAACACGAGACUGGUGGGCGCGAUGACGGCUCGCCUGGCUCAUCAACUCAUCACCGUCGGCGGGAUCGCGCCCGAGAAGAUGCACAUCAUCGGACACAGCCUGGGUGCUCACACCGCCGGUUACGUGGGUUACUAUCUGAGGACGAGCUACAAUCACAUCCUCGGGCGAAUCACAGGCCUUGAUCCGGCGGAACCGCACUUCAGCAACACCUCGCCGCUGGUCCGGUUGGAUCCGACUGACGCCACGUUCGUGACGGCCAUUCAUACCGAUUGCAAUCCUUUUAUCAGCGGCGGCCUCGGCAUCACGCAACCGGUGGCACACAUCGAUUUCUACCCGAACGGCGGCCGCAAUCAGCCCGGCUGUAACGAGGGUGUGCUCAAUUCCAUCAGCAUGGAACGCGGCAGUCUCAUUCUAGGAAUCAAGAGGUUUCUCAGCUGCAAUCACAUCCGCAGCUACGAGUACUUCAUCGAGAGCAUCAACAGCCCGUGCCCGUUCUUAGCCAUACCCUGCAGUUCCUGGGACAAAUUUCAAGAGGGCGGCUGCUUCGACUGUAAAAACCAAUACUGCCCGAGGUUCGGGCUGGACGCUCAACCUGGAAAUUACGAAGCGUCCGUGUACCUGAUGACCGGAGGCUCCAAGCCGUUUUGCAAAGCCCACUAUAAGGUGACGAUCAACAUCUCGAAGACGAACGAAAGCAUGUCGCAUGGCGGCGAGGUCGGCGUAUUCAUGGUGCUCGUGAUCGGCGCGAACGGCAAGAAGACCGAGAGGAUGCAGCUGAGCUCGACAUCCAAGUACUACGAGCCAGGCAGCACGCACACCGUGGUGCUGCCCGGGAACAUUGUGGACAAGCCGCAGUCGGCGGAGAUCACCUGGGUGUACAAGACCUCGUUCUUCAACCCGCUCACGUGGCGGCUGUUUCAGUCGCGGGUCUACUUGGACUCGUUGACCAUCGACAACCUCGAGACCGAUCACAGCAUAACCCUGUGUCCGGACGAGACGAAGACGCUGUUCGCGAACGAGACGAAGAUCCUGACCUCGGAAAAGUGCCACCUUACGAAGCGCAACGAGAUCUCCACGUGAGAAACCAUCGAACGAAACCUGCAUCGUAUUCUUCUUUUCCUCGCAGCUCGGACUCGAGAUGCGGUGUAAUCGCGGCGAUCGGAGACUUCAAGGUCGCGUAAGAACGUAAUCUCUCCGUGCGCCUUCGCACGGAAAAUGGACGAGGCUCGUCCUCGGUACGUCGCGGCGCGACAGACUCGACUCGUCGGGUUUACAUCUCAAUAUCGAGCCGCGAAAUGCCGAGUCUGCUCGGCAACACGUUGAUCAUUAUUAGCCAAAGGACUCUCGCGAGUCCUGAAGCGUGUUAUUUAUUUUUCUCACGUAGAUAAGAGUAAGAAAAGAAAAGCGCGAUCCCACCGGAGCGGGAUGUCUCGAAAUAUCAGAUUAGUGGCAUAUUCGCCGUUCAGAUAAUCGCAGAGAAAUCGCACGGCCGGCCUUACCAGGACGAGAAUCGUUCUCGUUUCACCGCGGGCGCGAGGACUCCGCGGCGUUUCCGUCUCGAACCGAGUUCGCGGCUGUCAUAGGUGAACAGCCGGUCGUGCGAAGGACCGCGAGUCGCGCAUAAUAGCGGCGGUUUUCCUCGAGACCAAUGGCAAAGUCACGAUCCUUUCACUAACAUUAUGCGCUCGUGGCUUCUCUCUCUCUCUCUCUCUCUCGCUCUCGCUCUCUCUCUCUCUCGCUCUCUCGCUCUCGCUCUCUCACUCUCUCGCUCUGUCUCUCUAUCUUUCUCCACUCUGUUCUAUCUGUAUGAACGCUUUCCUCAUCCUGCCGGAUGCUUUCAUGCGAAGCGACGCUGUCGUCAUCGUCGUCGUCCUCGAUGUCCUCGCGCUCGCAUCGAUAGUCGCACCGCCGCAGCCACAAUAGCGACCGUGAGCGUUGCAUUUUUCUCGUCCGUGUCUCGGAGCUAAUGUUAAGAUGAGCGUAACUAACGCCGCUUAACGACGUCUCGCUUCGGUGUCGAAGGUCUCGCGGUGACGCGGGAACGGCAAUAAAGGAGAGACAGCGAAGAGAGAAGAGCUACACCGCGCUACUGGAAUCAGCGCGCAAACACGCGUGCUCGAUUAUUCCGUUUUAGCGACAACACCGGCGCGUUGCGCGCCGGGUCCCCGUCAUUUCGUAAUUCCGCGCCGUCACGUCGAGGCUGUCACGUUGAGCAACGCGAAGUGGGCCGAACAAACGAAGACGCGCGACCGCCGCGCGUCAUCCUCCAAUUCGCGCUUCGAUUUCUCGCCUUUGUACACGUGCGCUCACGUUUGCACAACGAUUUUCACACGUUUUCUUCCGGCUCUCCAAGUUGAAGGCGCAUCAAACGCUCACGAUUGCGAGCCGCAGCCCGCGGCUUUGCUUGCGGUAAGAAUCGAGUAACAGCACGUGCGAGUGCAACGACUUUUUAUCGUCGUCUUACCCGACAGAAAGAUGUACGACAAAAAUAUUGGCAAUUUUUUCCCCGAAUUCUCCGUUGCGGUUGAUACCUCGGACGUGUAUUGCUAUAAUAUCGCUUUAGUCCCUGUGAUGAUAGAUUACCGUACAGGUGCGUGGCAGGUAGCGCGGCUCGCGAUCGUAUAACAAUUUCACGCGCUUCUAACUCCGUCGGGAGAAAAAAUGUGUGCAAACGACUUCGCUUUGCACGCACACGUGUCCGACUGAAUGUCAAAACUUUCAUGAUGGACGAGGGGCAAACGUUUCCCGAGUGUGUGAAACAAGUGUGUGUGUGUGUGUGUGUGUGUGUGUGUGUGAGAGAGAGAGAAAGAUAUCGAAUAGUUUAGAUCGAAAAAAUGUUUAUAUUAAGUAAAAUUCAACGCGAUCUAUUUAAUUGCUAACGAGCGCGUACGUAUUUAUACAUACGCAUACGCACACAGAUACUCCACCGCUUAAUGCGUAUUACCGGAUAGAUAUAAUAGUAAGACUAUAGAAUAAUCGUAUUACUUAUGAUAAGAGACAUGUACAUAGAAAUAAAACGCGUUCACGAAGCAUUACGCCUUCA